UCCCAGCCCUCUGCUUAAUAACAGUCACUGACACACACUCUGCUUCUGCCAGCAAACUGCUGACUGCUGCCUGGGAUCCAGCACAGAUUCUGGGGCACAACACCUUGCCUUUCCCCCUGAACACAGAGGAAAGAGCCAGCAAUACUGCAGGGACAGAUGCCAACCACACACUCCUAACAAGAUGCGCAGGUCUAGCUCUGAGGGCUCCAUUCUCCUCUGCGAGUUCCAGCCCUGGCAUAAGGUUGCCCUUCGGAGGCUUAGUACCUGUCCCAAGAGAGAAGAGCCAGCCAGCCCGGGAGAGGAGCCAUGGGACAACACUGACAACACUGGGCUUAUAAACUUGGAGAGUGGGCAUUCUAUUACAAAGACACAACCGAAUUGCUAUGAAACGGAACCUUCACACGUGGGGGAGGAGCCUGAGGCUCAGGGGGUGGGGCUAUCCUAUUUGGGGACAGUGCCAGAAGUCCGCAUUGAGAAGGAGUUUAGUUUGAGCACUGAAGCUUUGCCCUGCCUGGGAUUACAGGCAUCAGGGCAAAGCAGUGAAAGUCUGAUGGCUGCACAUUGCUUUCUGGGAGUAGCCGGACUGUCUGGGGUGUCCCGGGCAUACAGCGACAGUGAAUUAGCCCGUGAUGGAGCUGCUGAAGGGUUGAGAGGCAGUCAGGCAGGCAGCAGUGACAGUGGCUGGAGCCUCCCAUCUCCUGAGACACUGAGGAGGGAAAGCGCUCAAGGGAAGCUGGCUGCAGCCAAAGUGCAUCUUAGGAUGCUGUUCAGACCUUCCAAGCAGAACACUGCCAGUAUGGAGUCUGACCUGGAUAGCGCUGAUGAGAACAGCCGACAGAAUCGGAAAAGACGACUGGCCUUUCUAAAGCAUUGGAGUGAGGCUGGCAGCACAGGGACCUCCAGUGACCCCAGAACACUCAGACCAAGUUCAGAGGAAGUGAAGAAAUGGUCUGAAUCACUGGACAAUCUUCUUGAUCAUCGCUAUGGUCUGGCUGCAUUCAGAGCCUUCCUGCGCUCAGAGUUUAGUGAAGAGAACCUAGAGUUCUGGCUGGCUUGUGAAGACUACAAGAAGACGUGGAGCAGCUUUAACCUGCAACGCAAGGCGAAGAAGAUCUUCAACCAAUACAUCAAAACGCAGGCCCCAAGAGAGGUGAACUUGGAUUCAAAGACGAGAGAGAUCACCUCCCAGCUGGUCCUCAAUCCCACGCGCUCCUGCUUCGACCAGGCUGAGAAACGAGUCUACGGACUAAUGGAGAAAGAUUCCUACCCCCGCUUCCUGCGCUCGGAGCUCUACCAAGAACUGCUGGAACAGCACCAGCCCAACGGCAACCUGUAGACCAACACAAUUCAAACAUGUUUCAACCUGUGUCUAAACGUGAAGACUUCUCGUGGGGUUUCCUUCUAAAUGAUCUGUUGUCCAAUAGAAACAUGUUCAGAGUCUCAAUAAGACCUUGGACCUGGGCUGGCUUGAAAAAUAACACUACUGGGAAAUAUCUGUAGCACUUCGUAGAGUCCUGUAAUGCUUUUAUACAUCGUGACUAGGCAAUCUGGAUUUAACAUAAUGUAACAGGCAGUGAUGAGUGAUAGACUGCCAUUACGGAUUCUGACCCCUGUUGGUGAGAUGAGGUCAAGAGCGCUUUAACCAGGCGUACAGGUGAGAAUGUCCCUUUUACACAGCGGUUAAGGUGCUCGCUUGUGGUGGGCAUGGUCGCUGGUUCGCACCCAGCGUGCACCGUUACACUAACGUGCCAUAUCUUUAGGCUGAGAUUUGAAGAUGACUUCCGUGGAUAGCCAACAUGUCCAGUUCAAAUUGAUGCUGAUGAAAAGGUUAUUUUUGUAUUGAACUACUAAUUAUCCCAUUAGUUAGGCAUCAUAGGAAAUACAGUAGAACCUGACAUGUCUGAUUGAAUUGGCCCCAGGGCAUUGCAUUGCUAUGUGAGUUGAAAAGCCUGAACUGUCCCAAACUGACCUACAAAGAUAUGUUUGGUUGGUUUCACAGACCCUGAUUAGCAUCAUUGUUUACUCACUGUUACUGUAACUAAAGAUAUGUUUGGUUGGUUUCACAGACCCUGAUUAGCAUCUUGGUUUGCACAAUGUUGCUUUAGAUAAUAUGAAACCAACUGUUUAUAUUACAGUGGUUUGUGUUGUUGUUGUUGAUGAUGUGUAUUUAUUUUGUAUUGCUCUUUAAAAACUCCCUGGUAAUCGGUAUGGCUCUGCCCGAAGGUAAUCUCUUUACAAGAAACACAUUAACUUACCUUUGCAGUUUUCAUGUUAUCCUGAUCAAUAGAAUCACAAUUACUCUGUUUCUCUCUUAGUAGCAUCAUAUCCUGUGUAUCACUGAUAAUGCUCCCUCGUGCAACAAUGCUGAUGCUCUUGAUUGAAAAAUCUACUGUAGGAACAGUAAAAACAGCAGUGUUGUUGCAGGAGGGAGCAUAAUCUGGUUACACUAUGAUGCGCAUAAGACUAAUUGUCUUUGACCUGGUGAACCCACACAAGAUGAGAAAUUGUUUAUUUUAUGUUUCAUGAAUAAUGUUGAAUAACAUUGUGAUGCUUAACAGCUAACACAGAAUAAAGAUAAAGUAAUGUGACCUCAGGAAGGUGUUCUGUAACCUUUUAUGGCAGGCCAUAUUUUAAAAGCGUACUCCAGUCUUUAAUCAACUCCUAUUUUUUUAAGGUGAAAAGUCAACAGUAAUCUACAAACAAUGCUUAAGAUAAAUCCAAUUACAUUAAUUGGAUGGAUCUUAGUAGGACGCUUGGUGGUCCAGUGGUUUAAAAAGGGGUUUGUUACCAGGUGGUUCACGGUUCAAUCCCAGCUCAGCCACUGACUCGCUGUGUGCGACCCCGUGCAAGUCACUUGUUCUCCGUCCUUCGACUGAGACGUAAAACCGAGGUCCUAUUGUAAGUGACUCUGCAGCAGCAGUUGUGAUGUGUAGUUCACUCUCUAGUCUCUGUAGAUCGCUUUGGAUAAAAGCAUCUGCUAAAAUGUAUUACAGUUAAUGAAAUAUAUGAUAGUAGUUUUGUAGUCAGUAGAUUUUUAAAUCAAUUAAAGAGUGGAAUAAACGUUCUGAAAAUAUGGCCCUUACUUGCUUUUUUACCCCACAGUGCAGACCCUCUCCUUUCUUGCUCAUCUUGGUAUAGCUCCACUCAUUAAAUACAUGUAUAUAUUGUGAGACUCUUUGAGUCAUUUUAAAUAAAGCCCAUGAUUUGAUGCAUUCCAGUGGAACAGCACAA